AAGUUCCACCUAUUGCCUAAAGUAGACUUGUGACCUAACCUAAAACUUCGUGAAUAUGUGAGAAAAUUUAUUCAGGCAUAAUUAAGAUGCGUUUAUUAUCAAAGUCUGCAUCAUUAUUAUCAAAUUAUGCCGUGAAAGUAACCAGUUUUCAGUUGCGAAAUUUUGCAAAAGCCCUAAGUAAGGAACCAAUGGCCCUGAACCAAGAAACUCUCACAGGUAGACUUUUAUUAUAUUUAAAUAUUGAUAAAGAGCAAAGUACAAAUCCAAUAAUUCCUGCAACAAAAACUUUCAAGAACAUACGUCAGAAUAUAAACCAUAUGUACAAGUUAAACACCCCAGAAAUCAUAGAAAUAACAAGCAGCUUGACCACCCAAAAUAUUCCAGGGAGUGAGCUUGAUUUCAUAUUAAAAGAACUUGAUGUAGAAUAUACACUAAGACUGCCAGAGUUAUCAGUGAGAGAUAUUUUACAAUUGCUAAAUGUGUAUAUGUGUGUGGCCCAAAAUCAAAUCAGUGAAUAUAAGUUUUAUAAUAAAGCGCUGAACGCGUUGAAUGAUUCGUUAACUACUUUAGAUAAGAAACAAUUGUUGCAAUUUAUUUUCUACUUGGGUGUUAAGAAGAAAUGUCUUGAAUCACAAACAAUGCUGCGGCAGUGCCAGAAAACGAUGACCAACGAAUUUAUUGAUAGUUUAACAAGUGAGGAAUUGUGUAUCAUUUGUAUUUCAACGUUUAAAACUAGCACUAAAAUAAUUAAUAAAACAUUAUUGAACAAAGUCAAGAAAUACAUUGAUGGCAACUUAUCUGUGUUAGAAGAUUUUCCUUUAUUUGUAACUUUAGUUAAGACAUUGAGGCAUAAUCGCUGCCAAGAUGAUAAUUUGCUCAACACGAUUUCCUACGCUGUUAUUUUUAAUAAAACGUAUUCUUACACUUUUUCAACGAUAUGCCACAUUUUGGCCCUCUAUGCCGAUUAUUUCUAUUACGAUAAAAACCUCUUUAAAAUAUUCAUACAGCAGUGUUUAGAGCAGCUCACUGAUUGCGAUUUUGUCUCAAAAAAUAUUUAUGUAACCCACCAACUGAGGGCUAAAGACAUUAAACGGUUAUUGUGGGUAUUAAGCAUGUUUAGUGAUUUGAAACUAGUAAAUCGAAAUAUUUUGAAAACCCUCUUUAUCCCGAAAAUUAUUGAACGAAUUGAGGGUCAAGAAAUUAACAAGGAUGUCUCCUCCUUGGUUGACAUCAUGCUUUAUUUGUGGAUGCUCAAUUGUCAUCCACAUGAACUGGUGCCUUAUGUCUUCACCAAAGAAAAUGCUCAAUUGUUACACAAGGAUUACAAGAACAAUUUAAGACUGAAUUUAUUAUUGUAUGCAAUUUUAAUCGAAGAUCCUGAGUUAUCAAAAAAAUUACCUAUUAAGGCUCCAACUGAACGCAAGCACGAUUAUACGAGUUUUUUUCAAUUACGCAAAAGACCACUGUUUGAGAGGUUGUUGAGAAACUUAGAUAAAAUUAAAAAGGAUUUAAAUAUUAGUAAAUUCGAAUUGUCCUAUGCAGUUCCACAUAUGAAUAUUGUCGGGAUUACUGGAUAUAGAAGUGGAGGAACCAAAGCUGUGCAUAUAGAAGUUUUAGAUCAGUACACUCAAAUAAGAAAUCUCGAAUAUGAUGUUCCUGUAGGAUUAAUGGCGAUGAAGUUAAGACUGUUGGACCAGUUUGAGGAGGGUGUUUUAGUGGUUUCUCAGAGAGAGACGGACGACAUGACGGAUGCCGAAUUAAUAAAUUUUUUAUUAGAUGAAAUAAAAUUGAUUUGUUGACGUUAUUUUGAGUUUAAUUAAGUACAAUUUAUUCUACAGGGGUUGUUGUAUUUUUUUUAUCGUUUAGUUAGUUUGAAUUUUGUAUUACCAUAAAAGCUAGUCUUGCAAGUAUUUCCCUAUGUGGAUUUUAAUUUAUUUUAAGCAUUUUACCUUACAGUGUGUUACCCAAUGAUACAUAAAACAACUGUUAAUUUAU